GACAAUCGCGCCUUGACCCACGUGGAUGGAUUUGUAAAUCUCAACAAUGUCGACGGCUACAUGACCAUCUCGGACAAUCGCGCCUUGACCAAUGUGAAUGGAUUUGGAAAACUUGGCAAUGUCGGAGGCUACAUGACCAUCUCGGACAAUCGCGCCUUGACCCACGUGGAUGGAUUUGGAAAACUUGACAAUGUCGGCGGCUACUUGAUGAUCUUGGACAAUGGAGACUUGAUCAACGUGGAUGGAUUUGUAACACUCAACAAUGUCGGUGGCAACUUGAUUAUCUGGGGCAAUCGCGCUUUGACCAACGUGAAUGGAUUUGGAAAACUUGGCAAUGUCGGCGGCGACUUGGAAAUUCACGGUAAUGACGACUUGACCGACUUGGAUGGAUUCGGAAAUCUUGGCAAUGUCGGCGGCAACUUUGAAAUUCAC